AUGUCUCUAUCACAACUAUCACGACUCCUUCCUUUACCAGAACCUGAUCUGCAGCAAGUCCUAGACUAUGCAGCCACACUCUCGAAGCAAGAAGCCGCAGAUCACUUCAACAACCUCCUAGGGGAAUCACCACAAUCAAUCGAGUUCAUCUCCUCCUUCAACUCACGGCGGCAAAAUCCCAUUGCAAAAUCACAACCAGCAUCAUCAUCCCAAUCCUCAGAUUCCUCCGGCGUACCAAGAAGCACCCGCAAACCACCCAAGAAGAAAGCGCCCCUCCAUGCCCUCCCCGCUCGCAAAAUCGAAAACACAUAUGCUGCUUCAGGCACAGCAUAUACCAAGAAGAACGAAGAUGAUUACAUACCAAAAAGACCAACACCUACAAAUUCCGGCACCUCAACACCAAACAAUGCCUUCUCCCUCGACCCCAAACCAUCCGCCACCCAAACCCCUCACAAAGCUCCCCCCUCCGCAUCAGGCACCCUAAUAUCAGACUUCAAAUCCAAAAGCACCCCCACAACACGAACAUCCUCCCCAGCACCUCCCUCCUCGUCCUCCUCCUCCUCCAAACCCACCAAAAUCGCCAUCACCGGCGGGACCCCCAUGCACGGCGCCUCCACAACCCUCACCUCCCUCGACGCCGCGAUCCGCACCCUCGAAAUAAGCACCAACACCACCCUCCUCCUCCCCGCCUCCAAACGCGCCUGCAACUGCAUCGGCUCGCGGCACCCCCUCCUAACAGCCGCGCCCAACUGCCUCAACUGCGGGAAAGUAAUCUGCGUCAAAGAAGGCCUCGGCCCCUGCACAUUCUGCUCCUCACCCCUCCUCUCCGCCCUCGAAGUCCAAGGCAUGAUCCGCGAGCUCCGCGAGGAGCGCGGAAGAGAGAAGAUGCUUCUCGACAACUCCACCCAUCGCCGAGCUGAAGUCUCCAAGGCACCCUUACCAUUUUCUGCGCCCAGAGAUACUGUGGGGAUGAGUCCCGCUGAAGCAGCGGCCAAGGAACAUCGUGAUCGGCUGCUGGGAUUCCAGGCGCAGAAUGCGAAAAGAACGACUGUGAGGGACGAGGCGGCUGAUUUCGAGACGCCGGUUACGGCCGGGGUUAAUAUCUGGGCGAGUCCGGCGGAGAGGGCGCGCACGCUGAAGAGGCAGCAGAAGGUGCUGGCGGAGCAGGAGUGGAAUGCCAGGCCCGAGUAUGAGAAGAGGAGGCAGGUGGUUAGUAUUGAUUUGGUGAAGGGGAAGGUGGUGAAGAAGAUGGCGGCGGUGGAGAAGCCUGUUUAUGAUCAUGUUCCUAGUGAGGAUGAGGAUGAGGAUGUUGAAGAUGAGUAUCCUCUGGCGGAGGUUAGUGGGAAUGGGAAUGGAGGGAGGACGGGAGCGUUUAGUAGGAAUCCUUUGCUGAAAGGACUUAUCAAACCUGUUUACGACAAUGGGAAAGGGAAGGGGAAAGAAAGUGAGACUGGAAAGGUAGAAAUCACGAAGAAGCAGACUUGGCGAAGAGUACAAGACUCAUUAGAAGACAACGAGGAAAUCAUCCUAGAUGGAGGAGCUUAUGGUGGGCGGGCUGGCGACAGAGCAGAGGUUGACGAACCAGCGAGGUCAUGA